AUGGUGCGUAACGCGGCCUCUGAACCGACCGCCACCUACCCAGCUCUGAAAUCAGCGCAUAUCAGCCUCGCCAUCACUCCUCAUCUAAACGAUUGUGCGCCUUUGAUCGAGAGCGCAAAUACUUUUCUCCAAUUUCAACUGGCCGAUUCACUGUCACCGGCUGAACAGCUCAGUGUUCUUCGCAACAAAAGACGAUCUUCUACUCGAACACUUCCACUCUACUCGAACAAAACCGUCAACAAUUGCAAACUUAUUACGAACAAUGGCGUGACAUCACCCGCUCAUUAUCUCCAGACGAUGAUCCCGAAUUAA